CAACACACGACGCCUGCGGCAGGCAGGCACACCACAUAUACCCGAGAGUCCCACAGAUAUAUGCACUCAUCCGUCAUUCAUUCAUUCACUCAUACCCACGUAUCAAGUCAAUCAAACGCACGCAGUCCAUCCACCCACCCAUCCAUCCGACGCUUGCCACCUACACACACCUGCCGGCCUUCCCCUCUGCAGCUAUGCAGUGUCUGUCCGCCAUUUCUGUAUGUACAGCUAGCCAGUCCACUGUCAGUCAAUCAGUCAGUCAAUCCACACACCGACCCCACAGACAGACGCUCCACAGCCAACCACGCUCUGCUCUGCUCUACCGCCCGCCCCAAUCAAUCAAUCAAUCAAUAAUAAUCAGAUCUCUUCCUCCUCAUCCUGAUGUGCCCACACAGCGUCGAACGCCUCGUCGCUCCCCAGCCAUCCCGACAACCCAUACACACACACCUCCUCGCCCGACACAUCAACACCAACACCAACACCAACACCAACACCACCCCCCUCGCUCAACCGCACCCACUCUCCGUUGCUAUCGUCACCUCCCCUCCUCCCCAUGACCUCACACCGUUUGCCUUGCUCCGCAUCUGCAGCGCUAGAUCGGCACACGACUGACAGGGGGACGGGUGUGUGAGCCGCUGGGAGGUAUCGCCAGUGGGGGGACGGCUGCAUGCAAUGGAACAGCAAGCAAACCAAGCGAGUCACCAUUGCUCCAUGCCAUUGCGCUCGCUACUGACCUCACCUCGUGUGUGCGAUGCCAGUUGAAGUCCAUGACCCUCUGCCAUGUAGGUCGGGAGGAGGAAGAAGGCACACCACCACCAGCUGCUGCAUGGUGGCCCCACGUCGCUGCCGCUUCCUCCCUGUGUGCUGUGGAGGGGAUCUCCCUGUCUGCUGCCGUCAUCUCUGGCAACCUGCACGUCUGAGGGCAUCCAUCAAGACAGACAGAUAUGGGUGCGGACUGGACAGGGGGCGAGUGGCUAUGGUGUAGGCAGGUCUUUUCAGCCCACCUGCAUCUGCUGGGCGUGCUCCGGGUAGGCCAGGUCGAAAGGCGCGAACAAGAUGUGCUCACUCCUGCGGUGCGGUCGGCGCAGUGCACAGACACGAGAAUGAAUGAAUUCGGCUGUGCCUGCUAAGUGGGCGUGGCGUGGCGUGGCGUGCCUUUCAAUGACAGGUGGCGAGACGGAGAAGAGGUGAAAGGCGGAUCGGUGGGCGUCGUGGAUGCGCACCUGAUCAAUCAAGGGAAGCGAACACGUGUGCGAAGCGAAUGCCUCGAGGGAGACGAUGCCUCGAGAGAGAGAGAGAGAGAGAGCGUGCAGAUUGAGCGCGUCCCCCACCCCACCUGUCUAGCCGCUGCGGUAAUGGCGCAUCUUUCACAGCCAUAUAUCAACACGGACGACUGGACGGCACCCAGCCUGAAGACCAGACAGACAGAACAGACAGAACCACUGGGACUUGUACGCACCUGUCGUGUGUGUGUUGUCUUCCUUCCCGUGGGACCCUCCCUUGAUUGGUCCCUCCCUCCCUCACCAGACUCGGCAUUCAGUGAUGUUGCGCAUCCGCACCGCCCCCAGCUGGUCCAGCACCAUCACGAUGCACCCUGACUGAACAAACAAACACACACACAAACAAACAACCACAACACCAUACGAACGCCAUGACGCAGACAAACAAUGAGUGCGAUGCGAUGCGAGCAGGUUGAUCCGGCCCCGAAGCGAAGUGCUGACUGACCAGGUUCUCUAGCGAUAGGUCCUUCCCCCCACAGCUGCCAGGACCCAGCAACACCCUGCACGACACAACCAGGUGGUGGCGUGGCGUGGCGUGGCGUGGCGUAUCCUUUUCCUCACUCAUUGGCCCACCUACCCCUCCCUGUACCUACCGGUCAUUCGUGAGGUUCUCCAGUGCCAGGUUGCCCACCUGGGCCUGUAGCCGCGACAACCGUGCCGCUGCAUCCUCAACUAUGCCACCCUCACCGUCACCGACACCCACACGGCCAUUCCUCUCGUCCUUGGUGCCUGUCAGCCCAUCAUCACGACCAGCAGCAGGCCGGUCCCUCUGCUGCUGGUCACGGUUAUCUGGUGCUCCGGUGGGCUGAGCGGUUGGCGGCGGUGCUGCGGUAGCGGGAGUGGCUGUGGCUGUGGUAGUUUUCUUCUUGAAGGUGAAUUUCUUGCGGCCGGCUGGUGUCUGGCGAGUGAGGCGAGCCACCUGGUCGCCCAGCGACGUCAGCUCCUGAGCAGAGCAAUCAAUACAUAUACACCAACCAAACACAGACAGCAACAGAUCUCUCGUCGGUGAUGGGAUGGUGUUUGUGCGUGUGUGCGUGUGUCAGUCUUGCCUUGCCUUGCCUGUUGAUAUCUCUGUCUGUCGUAUGUGGGCAGCAGGCUGGAGAUCUUGUUGAGGCCGUCUUCCAAGCCGCUCAGACUAUUCUGCAGGGUGGUGGAGACCUCCGCUGAGCGAGAAGCGCUGCGCAGAUGCUCCUCGACAGCUGCACGAACCAUGCCAUGGCAACAACGGCAGGGCAGCAACACAACAGACACACACAGCAGCACAGCAGAUACAGACAGCAUUCAUCACUCAGCACUCAUGUGCCAUGCCAUGAUGCAGCGCACCGCUCUUUUCGUUUUGGAACCGCGCGGCGAAGUCGCGUAUGGCGGCGUCAUCGUCCGCCUUCACAGCAACCUCGACAUCAUCCAU